ACAUAGAAUGCAAAAACGGUGCGUUUUCCUUCUUCUUCUUCUCUGAAACCCUAAAAUCACAGCUCUCUCUAAUCCAAUGGAAUAUAGAUUUCAGCUGAAUAAGGCAUUUGCGUGGUUUGAAUUGUGAAGAAAGAAACAAGCCAUCGUAAAAUGGGAGACACCGAGAACGGUGAAAAGGCAAGGAAAACGGUUUUUGUAACCGUGGGAACGACUUUGUUUGACGCUCUUGUUAGAGCAGUGGAUAGUUUGGAAGUUAAGCAAGAGUUGUUGAAAAGAGGGUAUACCCAUCUUGUCAUUCAGAUGGGUCGUGGAUCCUACACACCCACGAAGUAUGGAGGGGAAGAUGGGUCUCUAGCUGUAGACUUCUUUACUUUCUCAUCAAGCAUUGCUGAUUAUCUGAGGUCAGCAUCUCUGGUGAUCAGUCACGCAGGGUCAGGAAGCAUAUUUGAGACACUGCGACUUGGUAAGCCUUUAAUUGUGGUGGUGAAUGAAGAUUUGAUGGACAAUCAUCAAAUUGAGUUAGCAGAAGAACUAGCGGAGAGGAAGCAUUUAUACUGUGCUCGUCCUCAAACACUUCAUCAAACCAUAGAGUCUAUGGAUUUGGAGUCUCUCCUCCCAUAUCCUCCAGGUGAUGCAAUGCCAGUUGCGAAGCUUAUUAAUCAGUUUCUAGGUUUCCCAGAUGAUUAAUGAAACUGUUGAAUUUACCACUUCAGAGAUAUUCUUUUGCAUGUACAAUUGAGCUGUAAAUUUUGUGAUGAUGAAUAAGCUUUGCCUCAGUGCUUAUGUAAUUUUCUUUUGGGAAAUUUUUUUGGUUAUAGCUUUUGCAUAGUAUAUUUUGUACAAAUUAUUAAUUAUAUGCAAGUUUUUGAAAAUUUUGGAAA